AAUAAAACUUUGCACUAUAUUUUUUUUCAUACAUAUUAUUUCUUCCUACUCAAUGGAAAUUCAAUUUGAAGAACCAAAGAGUUUGAGACCAAAAAGAGGUAACAAAUUCAAAGGGAAAAACAAAAAGAUUGAAACAAAAAACAAAUUUGUUGGGGUGAGACAAAGACCAUCAGGUAGAUAUGUUGCUGAGAUUAAGGACACAACACAAAACAUAAGAAUGUGGCUUGGAACAUUUGAAACAGCCGAGGAAGCUGCGAAAGCUUACGAUGAAGCUGCGACACUUCUUCGAGGUUCCAACACUCGCACCAACUUCGUCACAAAUGUUUCCUAUGAUUCGCCUCUCGCUUCGCGGAUUCAAAGUCUUCUUAACAACCGAGGAAAAGGUACCAAACAACAGGAAGAAGAUAUGGAUGUUAGAAGAAGCAUCGCCAAUCGUGCUAACACAGCUAGUGGUACUACUAAUAGGACUAGGGCCGGUAGCACCACUAACAAUACUAGCACGACUCGAGGUUAUGUUAAAAGUACUAGUAGUACUACUAGAACUGGAAGUGUCGCUAGCACUAAUAAUGAUAUUAGCGGUAUUACUAAUAGUACUAGUGCUAGCAGCGUGACUAGCACUAAUACUAUUAUUAGUACUAAUUCGAGCGAUAACAACAUUCACAAAAACAUUGAAAACACGAUUUCUAGUGUGACAACAAAACAAAACAAAAAAUUAUUGGAGGAUGCAUAUAGGCCAGAUUUGAGCAUUUUAAAUGAGUAUGAAUCUAGUUUCAAUAAGUCCAAUGUUUCAUGGGAUUUUGGACCUAUUUUUGAUAAUUUUCCUUUUGGUCAAGGGUUGGAUAUGAAAAACCAUGAUGGAAUAUUGUGUGAUAUGGUUGACUUAGGGGUUUCAGAAUUUGAAAGGAUGAAAGUUGAAAGGCAAAUAUCAGCUUCACUUUAUGCAAUAAAUGGUGUGCAAGAGUACAUGGAAACUGUUCAAGAUUCCAAUGAAGCUCUAUGGAAUCUUUCACCCUUGUGUUCAUUUUUAUGUUCAAACAAACAACAUGUAUGAAGUUUUCUUUUUGGUAUACAUUAGGUAUAUUCUCCGGCGAAGACUAACAUUUCGAGUCAAAUAGGAUUAUAUACACGACAAAAAUAAACUUGUUUCUAUAGUUUUAACGCUACUGUAUUCUAAGUGUGAAGUCUGAAUAUGAAUAUGAUUUUUU